AGACUUCGCUGGUUUCCAAGGAGACGACGCCAGCGUUCGGCAGGAAGAGGCGCGCGCGCACGUGUGUGUGUGUGUGUGUGUCCCCUCCUCCGGUGAUGUGUGUGUGUAGCAGAGAGAGUGUCUUGCGAUGCGAUGGAGUUGCCGGAGACGAUCCGCAGACGUCUGGAGGAUUUCUCUCGGAACGUGUUGUUCGACCAGAGUCGCGCUCAGACCUUCUCCCGGGAGAACGACGCGUUUCUGCCACGAGACAAGCGGGUUCUGUCGAGUCUCCACCUCCAGAUGUCUUUGUACUUUAACAUGUGGUUCUUCCCCUUGUGGUGGAUCAGUGAAACUGUGAUGCUGCAGCUCAAGUAUCCUGCCUUGCCAGACUACUACAAGUUCAUCCUCGUGACCGUUCUCAUCCUGAUGACUCUGAUCGAGGCCAUCAGACUUUAUCUCGGUUACGCUGGGAACCUGCAAGAAAAGGUCCCAGAGUUGGCUGGAUUUUGGCUGCUGAGCAUCCUGCUGCAGUUACCGCUGAUCCUGUUUCUGCUCUUUAACGAAGCCAUCCUCAUCCAGCCCCUGGAGAGAGGUGUUCACAUAGUGCUCGCUCUAUUCGUACUCACACAGGCCCUCUCUGGUUUUGUGACACUCCGGGACAUGGUCAGACACACAGAAAGCCAAUUUCAUCUCAGACAGUUUGACUGAUUUCUGAAGCUCGGACACCACAACACAUCCUCACGGAAAAGGACGAACAACAAAAAUGCAGUCACUUUUUCUAUUGAGCGCACUACAUCGGAUAAUUUUUAAAGUGUUUAUUAAAGAAAAAGUGUUUGACCAUAUAUAUUUUUGUAUUUCACAGAAUUGUAUUGUUGUUUUUGUAGAGUUGUAAUAAAGAAAAUCUACAUAACA